AUGUUUUAUUUUCUUCCACGAUUGUUCUUUUCGUUCUGCAUAUCCCUGCAUCUGCAUGUGGUGUACGAGUGUGUGUGGGUGCCUACCAGGAAGAACGAGCCAGGGGAGAACAAGGCCAAGGAUCCAAAGGAAGAGGAUGAGAAGGACUAUUCUGGAGAGAAGCGGGUGUUGGUGCGGCUGUAUGGCCCGGCAACGACAAUGCUGUUCCAAAGGGAACACGAGGAGGCAGUCACCCGAGCCAUGUCUGAGCUUGGCUUGGGACCGAAGCUGCUGGCCUCGUUCGGCACUGGCAGGGUGGAGGAGUUUCUGCAAGCCAAGCCACUGACAGCAGAGGAGAUGCGGCAACCAGAGACAUCCCGGCAGAUCGCUUGGUGCAUGAGGCGCUUCCACUCGCUGCAGCUUCCAGGCACCACACCUGGGGAUGUCGCCUCCUGCCUGUGGUCCCGUCUUCGGCGUUGGCUGUCCCUGGCGCAGCUGCUGCACCCCUGGGGCCACGGGAACAUUCUGCAGGAGAGAAGCACGGGGAGGAUCGUACUCAUUGACUACGAGUACAGUGGCUAUGCACACGUGGCAUGUGAUAUUGCCAACCACUUCUGUGAAAUGGCUGCUGACUAUGACCGCCCGCACCCACACCUCCUCGACUAUACCAAGUACCCCUCUGAGGACGAGCAACGAUGGUUCAUCAAUUGCUACCUCGCUGCCAAUCUUACAGCUCCUGCUGAUGCAUGUUCGAGCGCCAGUGGCAGCAGCAUCAGGCGAAGGGGUGCCCCCCUUACAAGCAGCCUUGGUGAAAGUGAUGCUGAGGAGCUGAUGCAAGCAGUGGAUGUGUUUCUUCCCGCAUGUCAUCUACAUUGGUUCCUGUGGGGCAUUAUUUCAGCCGCAGUGUCAGAUGCGGAGUUUGACUAUAUGUCAUACGCACAACAACGAUUGGUCGAGUUUCGUAAGUGCAUGGAUCACCUGGAGAAUGAUCUCAUUGUGUAG